AUGCCGUACGCCCCAGAACAGCCGUCCGAGGAUGAGAGGGUGGCACUCGAGGACACUCUAGGCGAUGGUUGGGUGCAAAUGUACCACCACGGCUGUUCGUUCCCGCCCGAGACCUUCAUCACCAAGAUGACCGUCUUGAUCGAGAAUCCCAACCUCAACUCGUCGUGGCUGUUCCGGGCAGACAUCAUCCGUGACGAGCGACAGCCCGGCAUCUCCGAGCAGCCUCAGGUAGACCAGCUACCAGACAGCCCAUGGUCCCGUGUAAGACACUUCCCCAAGUACCAACUGCAGAGAAGGCUGGUCCGGACCCUGGUUCCUCGCAACACCAAACGAGACCUGCCCCUUGAUCAGACCUGCACACAGCACCAGACCCUGCAGCAGCAGCCAGAGGACCCCGUCAGUACUUUGAUCAUUUAUCUGCCCCAUGUUGAGUCUGCCCAAGAGACUCCAUUCUACCACCCCAAGGUCAAGGGAGUUGCUCAUCUGCACGAAUGGGACCCCGCGACUGGUGCAGGGUCCAUCUCCGUCCUCUUUCUGCCCUUUCCCGGCCACCCACUGAGUGACAACAAGCUUCAGCGUACAGCCUUCCAUCUUCUGCAGAUCAUCCACAAGCAUGGUGAGAGCGCAGAUUAUGUAAAAAGAGUUCAUCAUGACUUGGUCGUGCCUCGUGCUAUCUUCCAAGACCGCUAUGCUGGGCUCAAAGGCAAAUACGCCAGACGCUUGAUUGAGUCUUGGUCAGAGCAGACUGACCCGACCAAACACAUCUUUGAAGAUCUGGGCAUCGCCGCAUUUCUCAUUGAGUUGUGGUCUUCCAUGUAUACUUCAGACAACCCUUUCCCUGGCUUUGUUGACAUUGGCUGCGGCAACGGCCUCCUUGUCCACAUUCUUAACCUUGAGGGGUACCAUGGUUGGGGCUUUGACGCCAGAUCCCGCAAGUCCUGGGAGCAGUACAAAAGCCAAAGUGACUUGACAGCUUCCGGCACUUCGCUUGAGGAGCGCCUUCUCUUGCCUCAUUUGGUUGCAGAUAAUGGUGCCGAGUUUCAUGACCAACUUCCCGGAUCAGUUGGCAUUCACGAUGGCAGAUUCCCACCAGGGACUUUCAUCGUCUCCAAUCAUGCUGACGAGCUGACGCCCUGGACUCCCCUCCUUGCCGUAGCGUCGAAUUGCCCUUUCAUCUCCAUCCCGUGUUGCAGUCAUAACCUCGGAGGUGAUAAGUACCGCCCGCCGCCUCCCAAGGACAAGACCAAAGGCGCCUCGACAUAUGCUUCUCUUGUAGAGUGGGUGACAGAGAUCGCCGUGGAUUGUGGAUGGGUGGUCGAGACUGAGUUUCUGAGGAUUCCCAGCACACGUAACACUGCCUUGCUGGGCCGGAGUCGGACGACAGAGGCAGGGUCUAUAGACGCUCGGGCAAUCAUUGCCAAGUAUGGCGGUGGCCACAGGUACUUAGAGAACUUUAUGCAGCUGCUGAAGAAUAAUGCAAGAGGCCAUUAG